UCUUUUCGUUGUCUUCUUCCUUUGAGAGUGUCAUCGUCAUCGUUGAAAGGGUCGUGAGAUCGUCGGAACCAUUAUUUUAAUUAGGUUUAAUUGGGUGGGUGUUUCUGUCGGACCCUUCUCCUUUACUUAUUUGUGAGGUUUUGGUGUUUCUGUCGGCGCUUACUUUCGUUUCGGCGUUGCAAAUAAGCGUGUGUGGACGCGACGCGAGGUGGGGGGCGAUGCGAAUCGACGCCGAGUUUGAUCAGUGCAACGUGACGCUGGAGCCCGGAACGCGGGCCACGGAGCUCGAUCGAAGGCAUCGACGGGAUCGCAGGGCUUCUUCUGUCUGUUGCCGAGCUCGCCGAGCUUGUUUCCACUGACAAUGCGACCUCGCUUGCGACCUUCCAGACAUGAAGCUUGACCUGCAGCUGCCUCGUUUUCAGGAAUAAAGGGGCAAGCAGCAGUGGUGACACUACUCAUGGUUAUGUGUGCAAAGCAACAAAGAGGCUUGUGUUGGUAGACUAUCCGGGGUCAGAUUGCAUGCUGUUGAAAAAAAAGAAAAGCAGACAAGAUGGACUGUUCGCCGUCAAUGAAGUCAGAGAGCGAGGAUGAUUUGAAGCUGGACCUCGCCAUGGAGCUUGAGACACCAGUGGACAGCGCAGGCACCGCAGAGCUUUGGCGCAAGGCGCUCAAAAAGGUCGUCCCUGCGGUAGUCGUCCUCCGCAUUACUACCACACGCACAUUUGAUACUGAAGUGGCGGGGGCUACCCACGCCACGGGUUUUGUGGUUGACAAGCAACGGGGCAUUAUCCUCACAAAUCGCCAUGUUGUGAAGCCUGGACCCGUAGUGGCCGAAGCCAUGUUCGUUAACCGAGAGGAAAUUUUAGUAUAUCCUCUUUACCGAGACCCGGUUCACGAUUUUGGCUUUUUCUGGUACGAUCCACGCACUAUUCAGUUUCUCGACUAUGAGGAAAUCCCUCUUGCACCAGAUGCGGCUGCGGUGGGGCUUGAAAUUCGUGUUGUAGGCAAUGAUAGCGGAGAGAAAGUGUCAAUACUCGCGGGGACACUCGCGAGACUUGACCGUGAUGCGCCACAUUACAAGAGUACUGGGUACAACGAUUUCAACACGUUCUACAUGCAGGCGGCGUCAGGAACAAAGCGUGGUUCCAGCGGCUCUCCUGUGAUUGACAUCUAUGGUCAAGCUGUUGCACUCAACGCAGGAAGUAGAUCUUCUAGUGCUUCUGCUUUUUUUCUUCCUCUAGAGCGAGUCGUGCGGGCUCUUCAUCUGUUGCAAGAGCAAAAAGAUAUGUCUCUUAAGGGUUGGACGCCCGCUGUGAUUUCCCGUGGAACCCUGCAGCUGACAUUUUCCCACAAAGGAUUUCAUGAGAUUCGCCGACUUGGCUUGAAGAGGGAUACAGAGGAGAUGGUUCGCAAGGCCUCGCCCUCCUCCGAAACUGGAAUGCUUGUCGUGGAUUCAGUGGUACCAGAAGGACCUGCACACAAGCAACUGGAGCCAGGGGAUGUCCUUGUAAGUGCUGAAGGAGAAAUAUUGACUCAGUUUUUGAAGUAUGAAACUUUACUGGAUGAUAAUGUGGGGAAACUAAUCACCCUGAAGCUGGAUCGAGGCGGGACAACGAUCAACGUGACGAUUGAGGUUCAGGAUUUGCACUCUAUCACUCCCAAUAUGUUUCUGGAAGUGAGCGGCGGAGUACUCCACGCACUUUCCUACCAACAAGCCCGCAACUUGCACUUCGUUUGCGGUAUUGUAUACGUUGCAGAGCCUGGGUAUAUGCUAUCUUGUGCAGGAGUGCCAAGGCAUGCCAUAAUCAAAAAGAUGGCAGGAGAGGAAAUUGACAAUCUUGAUAAAUUCAUCUCGGUUUUCUUUAAACUCUCAAGAGGCGCGCGAGUUCCGCUAGAGUUUAUUAGCCAUUCUGACAGGCACCGAAUCAAGUCAGUCCUGAUCACAAUUGAUCGCCACGAGUGGUACGCACCCCCUCGGAUUUACAUCCGAAAUGAUGCCUUUGGGCUUUGGGAUAUUUAUCCCGCAGCUUCCAAAUCUGAGGUUGCGUUGAUGGCUCUAAAAGCUGACCCAAUGAAAGCGGAAGCUGAUGCUGUCUCCGCUGUUAACGGAACUGUUAAGAAAGGAGAUAAUGGCGAAAUUGCUGUCAAGGAUGAAUCUCAGGUUGAAGCUGUCAAAAUGGGUCAUAAAUUUAAGAACGAAAUCUUUUGUGAUCUCCCUGAUCCAACCAUCAAGGGUACAUUGGGCAGCACUUCUAGGCAAGAAAGUGGCAACGCUCCAGUAAAUAGCUCAUCAGUUGCAGAGUACGUCAUUGAGCCCACUCUGGUUAUGGUGGAGGUCCACAUCCCGCCCUUAGCCAUGCAUGAUGGUGUGCAUUUGCAUCAUUUUUCCGGCACUGGCGUUAUUGUGCACCACUCCAAAGAUCUCGGGCUGGUGGCAGUGGACAAGAACACAGUGGUCAUAUCAGUCUCGGAUGUCAUGUUGAACUUCGCUGCCUUCCCCAUGGAAAUCCCUGCCGAAGUCGUCUUUUUGCAUCCCGUGCACAAUUAUGCGUUAGUGGCCUACACUCCCAUCGCUUUAGGUGAAGUGGGCAUGGCUGCAGUACAGGCGGCUGUUCUCUCACCAGAUCCUCCACUGCGAAGAGGAGAUUUUGUUUACCUCGUUGGACUAUCCAGAAGCUUGCAAGCUACGUCACGGAAGUCGACUGUAACAAACUCUACGACUGCUCUCCACGUGCCAGCAACCGAUAUUCCCAGGUAUCGCGCUAUGAACAUGGAGGUCAUUGAGCUAGACAUUGACCUUGGCCACACGUUUUCGGGAGUCUUGGCUGAUGAAGCUGGCAGAGUCCAAGCCCUUUGGGGUAACUUCUCCGCUCAGGCGAAAUACGGAAAUGGCACCCUUCAAGAUUACAAAAUUGUGCGAGGGAUUCCAAUCCGUGCAAUAUCCGAGGUCUUGGAUGUCAUCGUGAGUGGAACGUCUGGAGGUUCUUCCCUGCUCAUUAACGGCGUGAAACGGUCCAUGCCUCUGAUACGUGUACUGGAGGCUGAGCUUUACCCCACUUUGUUGUCCAAGGCGCGAAUCUUCGGCCUCAGCGACAAGUGGAUGCAGACUUUGGUGGAGAGAGACAAUAUUCGAAGGCAGGUGCUGCGUGUGAAGGGAUGCUUGGCAGGGUCACGAGCAUUCGGUGUCCUCGAACAAGGGGACAUGUUGUUGGCCAUCAACGGGCAACCUGUGACCUGCUUCCGAGAUGUUGAGAUCUCCUGCGAAGCAACCAAGACAGGCGACUCUGACGCUCUUUCGCCUGGAACGUUAGAUGUCACAUUAUUUCGACAAGGCCAGGAGAUCAACGUAAAGGUGGGGAUUGACGACCGCCAUGGGCUUGGAACCACUAGAAUGAUAAACUGGGCUGGAUGUAUCUUGCAAGAGCCUCACUCCGCUGUUCGAGCGCUGGGAUUCUUCCCUGAGGAGGGCCAUGGAGUGUACGUGGCAGGGUAUUGCCAUGGCAGUCCUGCCCACAGAUAUCGCCUGCACGCACUCCGGUGGAUUGUGGAGGUCAAUGGUAAGCCCACUCCAACUCUCCAAGUCUUCGUUGACGUGACCCAGGAGUUAGAGCAUGGAGCUUUCGUGCGUGUUAAGACCGUGAACUUGAACGGCAAGCCUCGCGUGUUGACAGUGAAGCAGGAUCUUCACUAUUGGCCCACAUGGGAGCUUCGCUUGGAUCCAGCCACGGCGUUGUGGAGCCGCCAUAACAUCAAGACCCACUCAAACUAGAUGCGUCCGGCAUUCCAUUCAACGCUGACUUGCUCAACAACAAACCACCACCUGCUCUCAUCAGAUGCAGUUCCGAAACACCAUGAUGCUUUUGGGUCAUGGAGGUGAGGUCGGAGCUUGUGGAACAUUGAUUGUUGAAGAAGCGUUGGCUGCGCAUCCAGCUACUCGCCACUGCCUUGAAUGCUGCAACCUUAAAGAUCCACACCUUUGAAAUCCUCUAUCACAUUGUUGCUGAUUGUCUCAACAUUCAUCAAUGCGGAUGAGAAGAAGAAUAAGAAGAUGGACAGAAUUUGACGUUUGCAUUUGGAAUGUUUUAGUGAUAGAUUAAAAAUGUGGAAGGAAGUUCUUGAGAAACUGCUUAAAUUUAACAUUUCCUGAUUAAAAAGGGUAGUUUUGUGAAUUUCAGGAACAAGAAAAAAAAUCAUUAUAAAAGAAAAAUGAAAUAUUGAAUAACUGUUCAGGUUUAAGAAUAAUUGGUUUUAAUAUAAAUUGUCAAGGACUAAGAUGUCCUGCUUACAUAAACUUUUGAAAAUCCAUUAACAAAUGAAAAAGGUUAUCCUUUUGAGAAUUUUAAGUCCACAUGAUUCUUGGAGGUAUCAAAAGUUUUUCAAAAUUUACACACUUGUUGUAUCUUUUUAUACUAGUUUUAUGAAAUAUUUU